UUUGCCCCAUCCUAGUACGAAUCUCGAUCGUCGGUGAACCACAGCUGCUCCAUUCAACGCUCGUGAUGCGAAUUCUAAAGCGAACUUGCAUAUCUCCUUGGAGAGGAGCAGUGCCAUUAUAUAUAUAUAUAUAUAUAUAAACAUUAAACAAAUCCGUUUACGGUUCUGAGCUCCGUCGUCUCCACCGCUGUUCAUUUCCUCGUUUUCUAGGGUUUCUCUUUCCCAUCUAAUCUCUCUUCUUAAACCCUAACCCGCCUUUCGAUUCUUCCGGGAGGCAUGGAUGGCGCUGGAGGAGACUUGGUCGGAGCCUCUGCGAAGGGAGCCACCGAGACGACGGCCAACGAGGUUCUUAGUGGCGGUGCCCCGCCCCCGUUCCUGAGCAAGACGUACGAGAUGGUGGAUGACCCGGCGACGGACGCCGUCGUCUCGUGGGGGCCUGCCAACGACAGCUUCGUGGUGUGGAAUACCACCGAAUUCGCCAGGGACCUCCUACCUAAGUUCUUCAAGCACAACAAUUUCUCCAGUUUCGUCCGCCAACUCAAUACCUAUGGUUUUAGAAAAGUUGAUCCUGAUCGAUGGGAGUUUGCCAACGAAGGCUUCCUGAGAGGGAAAAAGCAUUUGCUGAAGAUGAUCAAUAGGAGAAAAUCAGCUCAUGCACAUAACCACCAGCAGCAGCAGCAGCAGCCCCAGACACAGAAUACAAUUGAGGUGGGAAAAUUCGGUUUAGAGGGGGAGAUUGAGAGGCUUAAGAGAGACAAGAAUGUGCUCAUGCAAGAACUGGUUAGGCUGAGACAGCAGCAGCAAAGUACUGAUCAGCAGCUAAACACCAUGGGCCAGCGCCUCCAAGGUAUGGAACAGCGCCAACAACAGAUGAUGUCAUUCUUGGCAAAGGCCAUGCAGAGCCCUGGAUUCCUAACCCAGUUCGUGCAGCAAAAUGACAGCAAUAGACGCAUUGCGGGAGUAAAUAAAAAGCGGAGAUUGCCUAGGCAAGACCAGCUGGAUGUUGAAAACACUAUGCAGGAUGGCCAAAUAGUUAAAUACCAACCCUUGAUAAAUGAAGCAGCAAAAGCAAUGUUGAUGCAGAUUUUAAAAUUUGACACGUCACAUAGGUUGGAAUCUUUAGGAAACUCCCAGAAUUACUCGAUUGACAAUUGUCAAGCCCCUCUUGAAGCUUUUGAUAGCAGAAGUCCGCUAAAGAGGAUAUCAGGAGUUACACUGUCUGAAAUGCCUACUAGUUCAAGCGAGUUCUCUUUACCUACUAGAUCUGAAUACUCAGCAUUGCCCUCAUUAUCAGUGCCAUCUAAAAUUCAAUCUUCUAGUGUACCAAAUAUCACUCCAACUGAAAAGCCUAAAAUGAAUUUGCCUGGGUUUGCCACCCCGACCCAUACUAACAUUGGUGUCCCACAACUUUCUCAAGUCUCUUCCAUGAUUCCAAAUGGACAUAAUCAUAGCUAUGUAGGACAGAAUGAAGGAAGCAUUCCUAUGAAUCCUAUUCCAGAUUUCAUGGAUGAGUUGUCAGAAAUUGAGACUGAUCAGCUUGCUUCUGAUGCUGACAUGGACAUAUUGAAUGAUAUCGAGAAGCUUCCAAGCAUUAGUGAUCCUUUUUGGGAACAAUUCUUGACGGACAGCCUACCCUUGGGAGAUGCUGAAGAGGUUGAUUCAGGCAUACAUGAACCUGAGGAAGCAACGCUAGAGUCAGGGAAUGGUUGGGACAGUACUCAUAACAUGGAUCACCUCACAGAGCAGAUGGGGAAUCUCGCAUCAGAUCAAUAGGUAAUACUGAAGAUAGCCUACAUGAAUCUGAACUUUCUGAAGUCUGACCAUUAGUAAUGGUUUGAUGCAAGUUAGCAACCGUGAUCGUAAUCCUGCUUUUGAUAAGCUACCUAGUUUCCUGCUUAUCAGUGAGUCAAGAGGUAUGUGAAAGAGUGUGUUAAUAGUUUGUAUAAUUUUUAGGCAAUCAACCUCUUUACUCUUGCAGCUGAAGAAUAGUCUGCAUAAUUUAAGAUAUCAUAUUCCACUAAAGUUGAUCCAAUCUUCUCUACCA